AGUAACUUGUGACGGUUUCAAAAUUCACUUAACUGUUUAGUUCUGGAUAGUGACUGUGGAAAAACUCGUUUGCCGUUUUCGAAGAUGUUUACGUCCGACACGCCUGAACAACAAGACAGCCAAGAAACAAUGAUAAGCAGCCAGCAAGGAAGAGAUUUGGUUGGACUCAUUCAUCCACCUGGAUGCUCCGAUCCCAACUGUCUUCUUCCAGAAUGCAUCAACAUUAAAUUACGGAAGAAUCACUUACAGACUUGCAGAAAAAAAACAGGGCGCUGCGACAUUUGCAGACUGCUGAGAAGCAACCUCACAGAUGCGUUGGUUGGCCCUCCAUCCGAUCAAUUUGUGAAGAAUUCGGGGAUGAAACCUAAACAUACCUUGACCAGAGCUUUUUCCCAAAAUGAAGACGUCAACAUUGUUAAAGUUGUAAAAGCUAGCGAUAGGCAGGAAAAGAGCUUGCAAGGGGCCCAGUCCAGUAAGCAAAUAACGACUUACCGUGCCGUGGGGGAAAAACCACCAACUCGAGAAUACAGCUCAUGCAGUGCCGUGCUACCCCAUGGCGAGACAGUGGUUAAUUUUCGUCCUGAAGAACAGAAACAUUUGGGCAUCUUGCAGCUAAGUAACAAGGUGGGUAAUGAUAGUAUAGCAAUGCAAGGAAGAAAUAAAGUCGUCCAGCCGCCUUUGGAAGUACUCUGUAACGCUUUACAAGCUCUCAACACGGUUGUUCAGUUAGUAACCGCAUCUGAGUUAGAGGUGCACUUAAUUCCGAUUUUAAGGCAGGCUCUAGCAGGCAUGGAGACAGCAGUAAUAAAGCGCUUGGAAGGAAGCAUUGGAUCAAGGUCCUUAAUGCUGAACAGCAGCCCGAUGGUGUUGGAUAACUUAGAACAGGACGCAACCAAACCUGACGACCAAUGGAAAACAUUACUGCAGGCAUCAGCCACACCAUCAUCAGCACCACCAUCAGCACCAUCAUCAGUACGACCAUCAGCACCACCACCACCACCGUUGUCAUCGUCAUCACCAUCAUCAUUAUCGCCGUCGUCGUCGACGUCAUCGCCACCGUGGUCGCCACCACCACUGCCGCCGCCUCUAUCAGCAACAUCAAUCAACCCAUUUUCAUUUUCUCAAGAACGCAGUUCUGAAUAUGUUCCCGGCGUGGUCAAUCAGUGGGCAGAACACAUCCCAUUACAGCCUCCUUAUAAAGGAAUUUUUAACACCAAUCCUGUUGUAGAAGUUUACGGAGGAGACCUAAGAAGUGAAUCCCAAUUAGAUCAGGAUUUCAUCUUGUUAGAUUUUGUUGAAGAAUUGCUUGGAUGAAGCCUGCAAUUAGGAACAAGGGGCUCAAAGAGAUCAGGACCACAAUCUUACCAAAACCAAAACAGAGUGAU